AUGGACAAGGGUAUGCUAUUUAGAAGUUUGUUGUUGGUGCUGACUGCCAUUUUCUGUAAUGCGUCUGGAAGUACUGAUUUAAGAGAGGCUGUUGCUGUUGGAAUUGAUCUGGGGACUACUUACAGCUGCAUAUCUGUAUAUAGCCCGUCUUUAAAAGAUACAAAAUUUGUCCUCUCUCCUAGUGGGGAAGAGACAUAUCCAUCGGUUGUAUACUUCAAGAAGCUACCAGAAGGAGAUGGGAAUAAAUCCAAGUAUGAAGCCAUAGCUGGAUGGCCAGGACUGCAGAUGUACAAUGCCGAGGGAAAUGCAAAUACUUAUUUUUAUGCCUUCAAGCGAGGAAUGGGAAUUGAGGAUCUUGCAAACAUUGACAAAAAGGUUGAGGAUAUAAAAAGAAAUGCAUCUGUGCCUAUAUUUGUAGAGAGUGUUGGAGGAAAAAAGAGAGUAGCAUAUAAAAUCCAGGAAAAUGAUCUAGGGAGUUAUGAAUCUGUAACACCAGAGGAGCUUUCAAGCCAUGUUCUACGCAUGUUGAAGGAUCAAAUUCUAAGGGAGUACAGGAUUCAAGGGAUAACGAUCACUGUUCCAGCUUACUUUGAUUUGAACCAGGUUGCAGCAACUGUGAAGGCAGCAGAGAUGGCAGGGCUCCCAACUCCUAUGAUUUGGAAGGAACCAUCUGCAGCAGCAUUUGCUCAUACAUACGAUCUUAUCCGAAAAGGAAUCACAACCAAAGAGGAGGUCGAUGAUAUGAACAUUUGUGUAUUUGAUCUUGGAGGGGGUACGUUUGAUGUUUCUAUUGUGGAGUCAUCCGGAGGAUUUAUGAUGGUGCCAAACUAUGGAGGGAAUAAUUUCCUUGGAGGAGAGAACGUUAAUGACAAUCUCACACAGUACUUUGCUAGCCACAUUAAAAGCAGUACGGGAUUUGAUGUGAUGGAAAACCAGAAUGUUAAGCUUAGGUUAAGGAAUCUUGUCGAGGAAAUGAAGAGAGACAUCUGUGAUGAAGUUCGUAAGUCGCCAGGAAGGAAAGCAAACUCUUCUAUUAGUAAGAGCUUUAUUUAUGAUGGCGAAAAGUCCAUUACUUUGGAGCUCACAAAUGAGAAAUUUAAUAAGCUGAACGAGGACUUUUAUUCCAAGAUCAGAAAGACCAUGGAUUUGUUGCUUUCUGGAGACGGAAAAGAGAACAAGGGGUACGAUAAGAAUCUCAUCAACAGAGUACUACUUGUUGGAGGAUCCACAAGAAUUCCUAAGGUGAUCGAUAUUGUUGAAGAGAUUUUUGGGGCAGACAAGAUUUACUAUGAAGGUGUUAAUGCCGACACAAUAGUUGCUAGGGGUGCAGCUUUGUACACCGCCAAUGAGCUCAGCAUGCUAAGUGAAUCCGAGCAAAUUGUGACUGCUGACAGUGUUCCUCUCUCAUUAGGGAUUUGUACAGAAGAGGAUCAUUUCGAAGCUAUCAUUUCAAAAGGGGCUCUUCUUCCAGCAACAGGAACAAAAGAAUUUACUACUGCACAGGAUAAUCAGGUAAAGGUUAGGAUCCGUGUUGCUCAGGGAGGGUUGGAAAGCUUUAAGGAUAACAUUUAUAUUGGAGACAUUGAGCUGGAUCUCCCUGGAAAUCAACCUCGUGGUGUUCCAAGAAUUGGUGUUACAUUGGAAAUUGAUACUCAUGGGAAAAUUUAUGUGAAAGCUGUGGAUUUGCAAAAUGAUAAAACAGCAGAUGCAUACUUUAGCUCAGUUGUUGCUAAUAUGACUUCAGAAGAAAUUGAAAGGUUUGAAGAGAGAGUCCAUAGCGAGGAGAAUCAAGAACUUGUGAAGAAACGAGAAGUGGUUAAGAAGCUUGAAUAUGCCUUGUCACAAGCUGAGAAUCCAAAAUUUGCUGAAAUAAUUCCUGAGAAUAUCAAGAAGGAUGCCCUUGAAUAUGUCCAGAAAACAAGAUUGUGGUUGGAAAAGCACAAGGAAAUAGCACCCAGAAUCCACAUUGAAGAAAAGCUUCAAGAGUUUGACAAUGGAAUCAAGGAAUUCCUUAGUUCAGCUAAAUCUGGAGAAGAAAAGGAAGUAGGAAGGGAGGAGCUCUAA